AUCAUUAACUGUAACAAGUAAAUGUCGAAAAUUACCGACGAUCCCUUAUCCUUACUCUAUAACUGCAUUACUCAACGUCGCGUUUGUGCUCUUAAGCAAGAUACUUAGGAUCAUAUUUACGCUAAGUUUAGUAACGUUUUGUUCAUCAAUAUCCUCAUUAAGUCUAUUAUUGCUGGCACGCGUAAAAUGUCAUUUAUCAAGUUCUUAAAAAAUAAUGGCCAGCUUUAUAAAAAGUUGGUUACCGAGGAAGUGGUAUCUAACGUAACUUCGAAGCUUAUUCUUGUUUGCGGAAAUGAAUCUGCCGAUUUGGACUCUUGCGCUAGCUCGUUGCUGUACGCAUAUUGUUAUCAACAAAAGCAUGAGGAUGACAUUGUUUUACCCUUUUUUAAUGUCCCAAAAGAUGAAUUGCGUCUUCGUCCGGAGCUGUCCUCUCUUCUAAAAUAUGCUAAGAUUCCGGAAGACUAUGUUUUGACAUUGGAUGAUAUACAGGAAGGAGAGGAUGUAUUGAGAAACACAAGUGUACAUCUUGUUGAUCACAACUCUAUUUCCAGAAAGGAGCUUUCCUUUCUUUCAAAUAAUGUUGCCGGUAUUAUUGACCAUCAUAAAGAUGAAGGAAAAUUUUUGGAUGCUAAUCCCCGUAUAAUUGACGUUACUGGUAGUUGCUCAACACUCGUUGCUGAAUACUUUCUUCCAAUUAUACAGAAGAAAUUUGAACAUUGGAAGGCUCAUGGUGAGAAAGGCCCUUUCCCUCUAACAAUAUUAGCUCUUGGCGCCAUACUUGUAGAUACUGGAAAUCUUAAGAACGCUAAGACCACUGACAAGGAUUGUCAUGUUGCCGAAGAGCUUUUUAAGUUAGUUAAGAAUAAUUUUAAGCGCGAUGAUUUUUUUGAAACCUUGAAGGAAGCAAAGAAAGAUUGUGAUGGUAUGACUUUUACCGACCUAAUUCAUCGAGACUUGAAGAAAUAUUAUUUCAAUACCAUUACCCUUGGUUUUCCUAGUAUUGGCAAGGGUUUAAAAUGGUUGGAGAAACAUCAUUCAAACUGGAAACAAGAUUUAAUUCAAUGGGCUCAAGCAGAUGAAUUAGAUAUUGCCUUGGUCGGUCUGUCCCAAGGAAAGAAAAAAGAGUUUAAAAGACAACUGGUACUUUUUGGAAGAACUUCUAUUGGAAAGGAAAUGGCGAAUGAGUUUAUCAAAUUAUACAAGGAUGAAUUGCAGUUGCACGCCGUAGACGACCUUACAGAUACAGACAUAUCUGCUUGGAAUCAAGGAAACGCCGCUGCCAGUAGAAAAAAGCUUGCCCCGAUGGCUGAAUCUGCAGCAAAUGCCGUUUUACAGAAGAACUAAAUAUUGAUAAUUUUAUAGUAUAAUUCUAUUAUAUAUAUACAAAAGAUGCCUACUCAAAAAAGUCACUAUCUUCAUCACUUGAAGAUAUGU